CAAGCUAGUUAUUGGUUUCAGUUUGGCGAUCAGUCCAAGAAUAUCCACGCUUUGGAUAGUCAUUCCAAGUUCUUUGGAUUUUUAUUGUGAUAUUUAAACUUAAGAGACAGUCGUCAAUAAGUAAGAUACAGUAAAUCGAAAAUCAACGAAUCAACAAUUAACUGAUAUGGCAAUGGCUAGCGGGAGUGGCUUCCAAUUGUAUCAUUGCGAGAAAUGUGGAAACGAUCAGCGGGUGUCUAUUGAGGAUGUCAUUGACCAGUAUAACGAAUGGGAGCUGGAUUUGAGACUCCAAGAUAUUAACGAUGCUUGUCCAUUGGCUUAUGGUGGUUUCUUUGUUGCAAGUGUGAAAAUCGAUAUUGAAUGCGAAACAUGCCAUGAGGAGAUCGGUAUCGUCCUAAAAGUUAGUGCAUCACCAGAUUGGGAUGAAUCUAGGGAGGAUUGCGAUCCACGAAUCGAUGGCUUUCAAAAUACUGAAAUUCUUGAAGUUUUGCCUAGUGACGCUAGUGUUGAUGACUCAUUAAUGAGCUGCCUUACGUUUGCUGAGGAUGAUGACGAGGAUUAUUUGCCAGAAAUUGAAUUGUCUGAAGAGCCAACGGUAGUGUAUUCUGUCACAUUACACAUCAUUGCCAAGACAAGAAUGAACAGAGGCUCUUGUCAUUUGGGCCUUUGUUUCAAUAGUGGAAGUUCUAGAAUCUUCCGUCCCUUGUACCGCACCCAGGAAAGUCAAUGUUGUUGGAAUCAACCUUUAGAGCUAGACAAGGAGUAUAAUUUUAAUAUACUGGGAACCUCUGGUGAAUCAUUUACGCCUUUGCCACACAGCAAUGAAGAUUUGCUCGUUGACCAUCGUUCAAUGCAAAUACUGGAUUCAAAUGUAUCAAGUUCAGAUGACGUUUUUACAGAACUACAGAACAUGGCAAAACUCAGUGUGGAAGACAUUUUUGGACCUAAUACAAUAAGGCAAAAUAAGUAUGUCGAUGAGGGUUCAGACUGCCCUUCAGUGGGAGUUCUGAGCUGCAUGGGUAGUAAUCUUGAAAUGAUAAGAGAUCCCUUUAAUUAUAGAAAAAGGCGUGUAAAGAUACCUGGAGGAUAUGAACCCCGAUUCACUGCUAGCGAUGCUGAAAAUAUACCCGAGGACCUACCAGACAACCCUACUUUGGUCGUGCUCGGUUUAGCACGACCAUUUGCAGGAACAGGACAAAACCACUUUGACCCAAAAAGAUGUUACAUUUUAGUUUUGAGGAUUUUGCAAAAUACCUUAGCUGGUUAAAAGGCUAAAUAGUCUCUUUAAAAGUAGCCACUUUAAAAGCAUGAUAGUUGAAAACAAUUGGUGAUUUUUUAACAAAUUUCAUAGCCACUUUAAAGGUUUAAAGGCUUCUGAACACUUUCUAUAAAAAGCUGAGCGUAUCAUUUAUUAACUAAAUUCAUUUGCUGUUAAGAUAUAUUCACAUUAAAACCGACCUUGGAUCCUUGUGGGACUGGUAUAUAGUUUAUAGUAGGAUUUUGCAAAAUCCCUUGGCUGGUGGCCUAAAUGGCCGAAACCCAUGGAAUAAGCGACAUGGAGAGCCCAAGUUAUCUUAGAUCGAGCAACUAGAGCUUUUUUAACAAAUUUCAUAACCACUUUUCAAAGUAUCAUUCAAAACUUCUUGAAUUUUUCCAAACAUGUAUGACUGAAAAAGCGUAUCAUUUAUUAACCACAUACAUUUACUGUAAUGAUAUAUUCCCUGUAGUGGGACUGGGCUAAUUUUGUAACGCACUAGUCAACUGAAAACCCCACCCCACCCCCAGAUCAACCCCUGGGACAAAGUAGGGAAUUAAUAUUGAUGUGGUGUUAAAAUCAGCAAUCCCUCGCCGUCCCCAGGGGAAAGAUUUGCCGUGUUUAAAUAAUGGAAGUUGUUGCUGUUAAAAUUGUUAAACUGUAGAAGUACGCAUUAAAUUUCUCGCAUAUCC